AUGCUGGACUACCUGUAUACAGGUGACUACUCGGAAUCACCUAGCGACGGAUUACAAGAUAAAUUACCAAAGUCAACAAUAUCCGGCUUUCGAUUUCAUGCACAAUUGUUCACUUCGGGUGACAAGUUUUGUAUUCCGCUGCUCUGUGAGAUCGCAAAAACAAGAUAUUGCGAUAAAGCAAAGAGUCCUUUCAACCCUUCGGAAUACUUGGACUCAAUACCCGAUAUCUUCUUCUCGCCACUGAAUCACAACGAUAAUCUCAAGAAGAUGGCUGCUCACAUCAUGAGAGAUACCGUUGGUUCUCACCUAACAAGUCCGUUGGUAUGCUCGAAAUACGAUGAUGUUGCCGCUCAGUCGUCCAGUUUUGUGAAAGAAACCCUCGAUAUCUGUCUCACCUCGAAUCUUGUCGCAUGGAAUUGUGGUACAUGUGAAUAUGUUUGA